AUGUCAACCUAUAAUGUGAACUCUUUAUUAUCAAUAGCAAUAGUAGUAUGUGUACUAGUUUUAAGUGAUGAGAGUAGAGUAGUAAAAUGUGACCCGGUAAUUUCAGUGGAUGUAGUCAAUGAAUUGCCCAACAAUGAGAGUCUUACCAUCCAUUGCAAAGAAGAAGGCCGCGAAGACGACCUUGGAAUCCAAACCCUUGGCGUUGGCCAAAAAUUCAGUUGGAGUUUCAGGGUCAACCGUUUUUGGGAGGUACAAUAUCGUUGCUACAUGCAUUGGAGUAAAGGUCAAGAGGUGGCGGCCCGUGACGGUGGUGGAGAUGCGGCUGGUGCUGCUAGGAAGACGGUGGGUUUCGGUGAUAUGACAGGGAGAUGGUGGAGGUGCGGUAGGAUUAAGGAUUAG